AUGGGUGACUUCACAGAACCUGAAGCUGAGAUGAGGUACGCGGACGAAGAUACGAGGCCAACAAGCCAGAAAGAGCUAUGGGGUUGGUACUCCUAUGGUUGGGCCGCGGAGGUCUUUGUCAUAUGCGCAAUGGGAUCUUUUCUACCAAUUACCCUUGAAGAACUGGCCAGGGAGCGAGGAGUCCUGUUAAGAGACAAGACAACACCCUGCAGCGCAGGCUGGAAAAGCGAUGAUCGCAUCUCGCCGAACGCAACCAUCUUCGAUCCCCCCAAACACCCACACAAGGAGCUUCCUGCUUGUGUCGUCUAUAUCUUGGGCGCCGAAAUUAAUACUGCGAGCUUCGCCAUGUAUACCUUCUCGAUCAGUGUGCUGAUCCAAGCUCUCCUCAUCAUCUCCAUGUCCGCGGCGGCCGACCACGGCAGGUUUCGGAAGACAUUCCUUCUCGCCUUCGCCUUUACUGGAGCGACUGCUACCGCUCUUUUCAUCAGUGUUAUACCCAAGAUUUACUUGCUAGGAGCUCUUCUCGCCAUCGUUUCAAACACCUGUUUUGGGGCGUCGUUUGUGUUGCUGAAUUCUUUCCUGCCUUUGCUAGUAAGACAUCACCCGUCUAUCGAGCGUGACCAUGAAGAAGACGGGCCAGCAGGCGACGACGACGAAUACGUCGAACACGAGGACCACGUCAUGACGAGUUCGACUUCAGGCCUCCUACCUCGAGACCGCCCCGACAAUACCUCUCCCGCCGAAGAAUCCCCUGCCGCCAUCUCGCCGGCGCUGAAGUUGUCCACCAAGAUCUCAUCGAACGGGAUUGGCAUUGGAUACAUUGCUGGGUUGUUCGUGCAAAUUAUUAGUAUCGGCAUAGUGGCCGCAACAAAAUCCACACUCCUGUCCUUGAGACUGGUCCUCCUAGUUGUGGGACUAUGGUGGUUCGUGUUCAGCAUCCCAGCCGCUCUAUGGCUCCGACCUCGACCAGGACCACCCCUACCAACCGAGUUAACAGGACGCUAUGCUUGGGUGGCCUAUGUCACAUAUGCGUGGAAGGCACUGUUCACAACAAUUGGACACGCCAGAAAGUUGAAGGACAUUGUGAUCUUUCUUUGCGCUUGGUUUUUAGUCAGCGACAGCAUCGCGACGGUCAGCGGGACAGCCGUGCUCUUCGCCAAAACGAGUCUUGGAAUGAGUACUCCAGCCCUUGGCUUGAUCAACGUAAUUGCAACGAUGGCAGGCGUUAUUGGUGCAUUUUAUUGGAGCUACAUCUCUCGAAUUUUCAACCUUCGCGCGUCGAGGACGAUUGUGGCGUGCAUCUGCUUGUUUGAGAUUAUUCCUUUGUAUGGGCUCCUGGGAUUCAUUCCUGCCAUCAAACGAUACGGCGUUUUUGGUUUGCAGCAGCCAUGGGAGAUGUACCCUCUGGGGGCAAUCUACGGGUUCGUUCUUGGCGGGUUGUCGUCGUAUUGUCGAGCAUUCUUUGGCGAAUUGAUCCCACCUGGGUUCGAGGCAGCAUUUUACGCCCUAUAUGCGAUCACGGACAAAGGGUCCAGCAUAUUUGGUCCCGCCAUCGUUGGAGCCAUUACGGGUCGGUAUGGGGAGAUACGGCCUGCGUUUAUCUUUUUAGCGGUACUCAUCUUCCUGCCGCUGCCGUUGAUGUUGUUGGUUGAUGUUGAUCGCGGCAAGGCUGAAGCGUAUCAAAUGGCGUUGGAGCUUGAAGGGCGCCGCAAAGCAGGAGACGAAGAUACAAGAUACAGGACGAUACCUACCAUAGUGCUCUCGGAAGAGGAGGAUUGA